UCACUGACUCUCACUGAGUCUGAGUCACUGAUUCAACUGAUUGAAUUCAGUAUUCAGUUCAAUCAAGACCAAGAAGUUCAGCAUAUAAUAAUGAGAAAACUGCGAUGGAAAGAGGAUGAACAAGUGUUAUUGUUUUUUUUCAAGAAGAUAUGGUUCUCGAAUUAUGGAGUCUGAAAGAUCAAUCAAUCGACUCAUUCUUCUAAUUGUGAUUUUGGGACUGGUUUAUUUUUGUUACUGCUUUUAUUAUGCUACACUACGUUGGCAAGAAGAUGACUGGAACUCCAAACCUGCCAAGAAAAUUGAUCAUUUAUAUUUAACUGAUCCUGAUGUCAAAGCCAUUCAUGAAAGAAUGGUAGCACAGGACAGCCGGUUAUCUUCAGAAAUUACCAUUGUAACAGCUUACUACAAUCUUGGCAACUUAAAUAAAGGCAAAAAGCUAGGCCUAGGAGGCUACACUCCAGAGCAGUACAAAAACUGGAUGUCUGUAUUUGGCAGGAUUGACAAUCCCCUUAUUGUAUUUACAGAUUCACAAGAUGUCAUUGACAUAUUUACUGAAAGCCGUAGGCAUUUUGAACCUGAACGGACCAAAAUUGUGCCUUUAAACAGGACAAGCCUCUGGGCAUUUUCUUUAGCCCCAAGGAUAAAGGAAAUUUUUUCACUCCCUGGCUAUCCAUCACAUGACCCCAAUACAGUGAAUGAGAAUUAUUCUUGUGUGAUGCAUGCUAAAUUUGAGCUGGUCAGCAAGGUCAUAAAGGAGAAUAUGUUCUUUACUAAAUAUAUUAGUUGGCUGGACAUUGGCCUUUACCGAGCAAUAGUUAGUGAGAAGCAUAUCUUCCCUAUUAGGCUGCCACCAGGUUUUGACCAAGACAAAAUUGCCUAUAGUGGUCAGCACAAAUUUGACAGCACUCUAUCCCCGUACCAGAUAAUUGAAGAAGACAAGACAUGGGUAGGAGGGGCCAUGUUCUUAGGACGUCCAGAGGUGGUAUAUGUUUAUACACAAGACUAUAUGAGAAGUGUUGAGAAACUUUUGUCUGAGAAGAUGAUGAGCACUGACCAGCAGGUCAUCUACAUCAUGUUCCAGCCAAGUUUUCCCAUUCAACCACGUGUUGACAUUCAGAUUUACACCACACACUCCACAGAUGAUUGGUUUUAUCUAGGAUACACUAUCAAGGAAACUUGGGAUUUUCAUCUUCGUAAAACAGCCUCUCUAUUAAAGUUUCUGCAUUCACUAUUGUGAUUAUCUUGUAUAGUUAGUUUGCUUUAUCUGUAAAGAAAGUCUCUUUGUUAAGUUGGAAUUUAAAUCUUGUGUGGCAUCUAUGUGUGAGCUCUUAUUUUAAUAUUUAACACAAAAUUCCUUAUUUGCAUUAUUUAGUUUAGUAUUUAUUUAACAAGUAACAUUAUAAAUUAACUUUUACUUAUUAAAUUUCAUGGCAAUGGUUAAACUAGUAUAUCAUUUACAGUCAUUUAUUAUUCUAAGGUUAAGUCACAGUGGCUAACAAGCCAAGCAUUGGCAGCUGAACAGAGCUUUUAAGUUUGAAUUAUCUUGAGAGAGACAUGAGCAUUUUAAGUUAGGAUUUUCAGAUUGUCUAGACUUUUAUUGUUCUAACCACAUUACAUUCUUGCUUUCUAUUAGCCAUAUAUUCUAAGGAGUUUUCUUACCUUGAGAAUGUAACACUGUUUGUUUUUUAACUUGCAAAAUGUAAUACAGCCGACACAGAUCACAUCAUUUAUUUAAUUAUAUACAUGAGUUGAUCAAUCUGAUAUCAUUGAUAUCAAUAAAAGUUUUAUGGAAGGUUGUAUGUUAGAACAUUUUAUCCACAUCAUGUUUUUUUAUUCUUAAAAGCAUUCAAAAACAAAAAAAAGAUCUGAAGUUUUUUUUAUUUCUAAGAUUGUUUUAAUGUUUUAAUGUUUUUAUUUGAUUAUUUGUUUGGUUUGUGUAGUACUUUUAAAUCCGAGGUUAUUUUUUCCCUUAUAUAGUCUCCUGUAAGGCUAAUGCUAAAAUAUAUGUUGUUUUUUUUUUUUGUUUUUUUUUCAAUGCCAUUUGUUUACUAGUCUAUAGAUGGUCUUGAGGCUUCAAAUUAGACUAAAGUUUUAUAACAACAUAUAGGGUCAGCUUAGUUCUUUCUUUAGUAAAAUUAAACAAAUAAUGGAGGGUGUAUCCAUCUCUGUAAAUGAAUAGAGUGAACUUUAUCAAUGACAAACAGGUCACAUACUUUCACAACAAAAUACAUUAGUUCAUUUCUAAUUUCAUUUUAAUUUGAUUCUCUGUCAGCUAGUCAAUCGAACCACUAUUUUGAAUGUUCCCAAUGUUAUAAUAGGUGACAGAUUAUCCUUGUUAAGCUGUUACCAAUGAACGAACCAAAAAUGUAUAACCCAAAGCAAGCAUCCCAGCUUGUAUUUGUAAAAGCAUUUACAUAUUUUGUUAGAAUGUAUGGAGAUAUCAUUCUCAAGGGAUUUUUUGAUGUGAGAGCAUAGAGAGAUUUAGCUUAAUAAGUUUUUUUUUUAUUUAACACUUGAUAAAUGGAAAAAAAUGUUGCGCAAAUUGUUUGUGAUCCUGUUAAAAUCAUCCGUAUUUAUAAAAUAUUCCAUGCUUUUGAGAUUUGUUUUAGACUCUCAAAUGCUAAUAUUUUUGUUAUCUUGACAUAAUGAAUGAAAAGUUUAUUACUAUUAUUUUGUUAAGAUGCAUUUCAGUGUUAUGUUUAAAAAAAAAAGAGAAUUAAAUGUUUUUUGUAUUUUACUUCACUUAUUAGUGUCUCUCAAGCAAAGAAACAGUAUUAAAGGAUUUAACAAUUGAGUGUCAUUGUAUUGCUCCAAAAUUUUAAAUUAAAUGACAAAAGCAUUUUUUUACAGUUCCAAGCUCAACAAAUAAGUUUUUUCACAGUAUUUUCAAUGUAUGGGUUAUGUUAAUUGGAUGUCUACAAAAAGGAUUGAAUCACAGUGAAGUAUGUUCGUGUAGUAUUAAUACUAAAAGGAAUAAGAAAUGGUAUUUUAAGACAUUUAUUGUAAAGAAAAUAUUUUUGGAAAUAAUAUAAAUAAAACACCUCAAGAUAACUGAUAUGAAUCUAAUAAUUCUUGAAUAGUUGCAUGCUUGGAAGUGGUGGAUAUGAAGGAUUAGGCUCUUAUUUAGAUAUUUUUUCAGAGGCUUAAGAUUAAAGGAUGUAACUUGAAUGUUCUGCUUGAACUGUACCAUUUUUUUCUUGAUCACCAUCUUUUGUUAUUCCUUCCCCACUUUUGAAGCAUUCUUUUUGCUUCUAGGAAUUGUAGGUUGAAUCUUAAACAUAUUCAACAUAGAUUUCUCCUGUUUAUUGUUCCUUCCACUUUGCAAGAGGAAUAGGCAAUAACUUGUAUGUUUAUGUUGAACUACACAAAAAGUCAUUUCAACUUUAACCUGACCAUAAGAGAAGCUAUCAAAUUGGUCUUAGUGGGAUAAAGCUUGUUUUGUAUUAUUACUGGGUUUUUUUAGUCAGCUUUAUUUAAUAAUCUUUUCAGGCUGGUUUUAUAAAUUAGACACUUUUUGUGACUAUUUUUAGAACAUGACAGAAUGUUGAAAAUAAUUGGCCUCUGAUGUGUUGGAGAUUGAAAACACAUUUUCUUUAUUGACUAUGUCAACUAUCACCCCUAACUUCUUUUGUAUAAUAUUGACUGAACAUUUUGAUUUCCAUAUUGCUGCUCUCUUUUUUUAAAUAGCUUAUUUUUAAUAGUAAGGAAACAUAGAAUUACUGUGUCUCAAAUCAUUUAUUAGCUUUAGAAACUACUCUUACUGAGUCAAACUUACUGUAUAUUAAAUUUUACUGGGAAGCCUUCAUUUCUUUGAAAUAGCAGAAGUUAGAUUUUAAAAAAAAGCGUAUUCAUCAUUAAACUAUAUUACACAGUAACAUCCAAAUAACAUUUAUUUAAUUCUACAUAUAACAGAUUGUUAUAGAUGGACUGUAUUCAAUCUAAGGUUUAACAUGAUUAUAAUGUAUUGUAUUAAUUUUUAUGCUAAUAUUAAACUAGAUGAGAUUAACAUUUUUUUCUUUCCAUGACACAUUGAUUUUUUAAAGAAUUUUUGGUGCAGCCAGGAUGAUAUAUGAACAUGUAUAAAUCAAUUCUCUUUUGACUUGAGAUACACCAACUCUACUAGUGCAUCUUGGAUAUUUGAAUUACCUGCUUUACUUCGUUUUGUCUGAUCAUAAAUUACAUUCUAUUUUGCUAGUUCUUUUUUAUUUCAUUACAAGUGAAAUUCAGAUAUUUGGACUUUUGUCAAUUUGAACUUGUCCAGUGAUAUACUGCUUGUAGAAAUCCAUGUGUAGUACUUAUUUAUUUGUACAAACUGAGAAUUAUUCGUCAACAACUGGGUUGUUACAUAGGAGAGGGUUCAAAAGUCUAUUAUGGUGUGCUUCUCUUAGUUUUUUAAUGAUUUAAUUUAGUAAUUAGAAGGUUCAGAUUAUAAAGAACAAAUUUAUUAAUGACUUCUGUUUGUUUUUUUUUUGGUGUUUAAUAAUGAGACUUUGGGGCAAAACUAACCCUUACUGUUAUCAUAGAUUUCUAAAAAAUUGUAUAACUUUACAACCUGAAAUUCUGAUAUACAUCUUCUUUCAGAAAGAAUAAAUCAACAACAUGAUAAAGUGUCAUGCAAAUAUGCAUUUCUUGCUUUCUUGCUCCCAAGUCAACCAUGUUAGCUUGGCAAAAUGAAUUUAGCUAAAUAUGUGAUUGUAUUUUAUCAAUUUUUAUGGGUAUCUUGGUGCAAUUAUCUAUGAAUUUAGAUUAUCAUAUUUAUUAUCUUUUGCUUUCUUUACAAAUUUUCUGACAGUUUUUUUCUCUCCCUAUUUGCCGUUUAGGAUUCUGAUGUGAAACAAAAUAUAUGUGUAUUGGAUCAAAUGGAUAAUAAUUAAAUUUUUACAGAAAUGAUUUUUAGUCUCAAACAGCACAUUGUUCUCAUUUGUUUUAAUUAUGUGUGUAUGGCAUUUUCUGCAAAGGUACUAAACUGUUUCACUGUAUGUUUGUUCUUUAUCUGGCACUAUGUCAGACUAUUAAGUUGAUGCCAUUGUGUUUCAUCUACAACAGUGCACUUUGGAUUGUAAUAUUUAUUGUGUACUUCUAUCAUCUUUAAGCCUAAUUAUUUGAAAAACAUUUUGGAUAGUUUUUGUAAUUUAAAGAAGAUUUAAUACCAUUGUUUAUUUAAAUUAGUCACAGUGAAGUUAAAUUGAUCCAAUUUCUAAUGAUGGUAUUUAUGAACAUAAAAGUGUUGUAUAUUUUCUUGUUAGAAAAAAAAAGGGGGUGGGGGGUGGGGUAAAAGAUUUUAAAUAGUAUGUUAACAAAAUCAAAGAUGUAUUUAACUAGGAUAGUUUUUCUUGAUACAUUUUGUGUCAGUGGAUGACAUUUUGUGAUGGACAUAAGAACUUUGUUCAAAAGAUCUUACAGAUUUCAAUGUAUGUGCCAAGUAAUUGCUUGCAUGAGAAGACUUUAAAUAACUGUUUGAUUGCAAAUAAAAAGUCAAGUGAACUUUGAUAUUUAAAACUCAGUUCUGUUGAGCAAUAUUAGUCUUGCUAAUAAUAUAAUGAAAAAAAAAUCAUUUAUAACAUGAUUAUUAUGCUAAAAUAAGGAAAACAAUUGGUUUUUACAAACAGUAUUAAUUAUCUGCAUUUCUCACAUGAUUAUGAGAAAUUGUUUUGUUAUUGCUAUGGAUAAAUGCUAAAAGUAGACCAGGACAUGCUUGUGAUUGUUAUGUAGACAUAAUAUCUAUAACUUGUCUACUAAAGGGGGACAAUUAUUUGCAUUGUAAAUGUUUGUGUGAUUUUUUAAUUUCAAUGAAACGAAAUAUUUGUAUCAAAUAUUGAUGUACAUAUUUCUUUAUUUCAGCAUAUACACAUAAAAGUUUAUCCAAAUAUAAAUAAAUAUUUCAUAUGUAGAUUACAAAAUAUUCUAAUUGAAAUAUUUAAUGUGAUAAUUGUCUUUUGAAUCCGUGUUUUAGCUUGGUACUUGACACUCUCAUCCAUUACUACUGCAACAAACAGAUUGUUGUACUACAGAUGAAUUUUUGUUUAAUAGAAAAUAAUACAAAAAGUCUACUAAAUAGCUUGUGAUAAUCAUUAAGACAACCACAAAAUAAACAAAUAUCGAAAAAUUGAGCUACAUGCCAUAUUGCUAUAUAAAACUGCCUACUGUGGAUUUUUGUUUAAUUGGUUAUAGAUCGCAUUGUUGAUAAAUGCUUUAACUGCAUUUUCACUAUAUUGCUAAAAAUGAGUCAUAUCUUUGUUUCUCUGUUCUUAUAAAAAAAAGUUUCAGAGGUAAUAAGCAAAUGUCAUUGAAUGGUGUUUAAGAGGUCUGGUGAUGGACUAAUGUCAUUUAAUGAGUUUCUGUGAAUUUUCAAACAUUUCUACUGGCUGACAUUGUUCAUUCAUUAUGCAUAAGUUCUGCAUAAAUUAUGAAUUUAUUAUGCUUAGUCGAUACAAAUGAAUAUGAAUCCUGAAUUGUCUGCUGUUUCUUUACCUGGUGUAAUGAUUAGACUAUAUAUAUAUAUACAAUCACAGUGGUGCCAUGAAGUUUGGUUAUUGCCAAAUGAAAAGUAUUCCUUUUCACCAGUAAGCAGUACAUAUUUAGCUCUUUCCAAAUUUAGAAUCAAGGUAAAGUACAGGGGUAAUAGUUACAACAAAAAAAUGUUUAUACAAGCAGUCCUGCAGGUCAUUAAUCUCUGUCAAUGAUAUUUAAAUGAGACUUUCAUUUGAACACCAACAUUAUGCAGGUGGUAAUCAUUGACUGAGCUCUAAGUACAAGUAUAUCCAUAGGGUGUUAGGUAGGAAUACAAUAUGAAGCUUUUGUUUGGCUGCACCAAAGAACUAAGGUAAAAAGUCAAAGUCCUACUUAUGGUUAUUUCAAACAGAUACAUUUUGAAAUAAUAACUUAAGAUAUCAGGAGCAAUGAGAACUAAGGUAAAAAGUCAAAGUCCUACUUAUGGUUAUUUCAAACAGAUACAUUUUGAAAUAAUAACUUAAGAUAUCAGGAGCAAUGAUACAGAGACCAGCAACAAUUGACUGUAAACCCCAAGACUUGUUUCAGUUAUUGACAUACAUAUUAAAAUCAGCAAUCUAGAGGUCACAUGGUAAAAAACAACAACACAAUGGUGGUAGUUUACUGGUACAUAGAUUUAAGCUUGUUAGUUUACCUAACCCAAAUACUAAUACAUGGUAUCUAACUGUAUGCAUUUAUAUGUUGGGAUUUCUGUUGGCAAAGACCUUUCUGAACAGCAUGGUGCAACAUAUUCUCUUGAGAUAGGGUGUAUUAGAAAAGCAAAAAAAGGUUAAAAUAAAUAUUGAAUCAUAAUCAUUAUUUCCAGGUCUAACUUUGUAACAAAUAUUUGAAAUAAUUGAUUUUUGUAUUUAUAAGACAAAUGUUUAAUUUGAGUAGAUUUUUUUUUUAAUACAGAAAUUCUUUUUUCCUUAUUUCCAAUUGUAACUUUGUAACAAAAAUUUGACAGAAUUGAUUUUUGUAUUUAUAAAACAAAUGUUUAAUUAAUAAAGAAUAAAGUUGUUUGUUUUUUAAAUUACAGAAAUUAUUUUUCUUUCUCAAAGCCUAUUUGAUUGUGAUAUGACUAUACACAGAUUUUUUACUUUAUUUUCAAAUUUUAGAUGUCUGUUUGCUUGUAACAAUUAAUACAUACCUGUUUAGGCUCUACAUUUUGUUCUUAUAUUGUUUACUGAAAACUCAGAAAAUUGAUAAAUUUGUAGAAAUGUUGUAUUAUGUUAUGGACAAAUGAAUUUUUUUAUUUCAGACCUAUUCAUGCAUUUAUGUUUUUGUUAAAUGAAAGUUUUUUGAGACUGCUAUUAUGGAUAAGAUUUAAGAUUUAUUAACAGGGAAUGCUGGUAGAAAUCCCAUUAGUUAAAUCAGCACGUCUAUGAAGAAAUGUUACUCCAAUCAGUGUAGUACAUUGAUUGAUAUUUAUAUAUUAUGAGAUAAUGCAAUCCAUUUAGUUGUGUUUUGUUCUAACUCAAGCUUUUUCAAACAGACUUAUUUUAAUAUUGGUAAUUUCAUCAGCAUCAUUAGUUUAUUGCUUUAGUUUGAAUAAUCAAUGCUUUUUAGUAAACUGCAUUCCAUUUGUAUUCAAUUCUCAUUUUUUAAAAUUACAUUUUUUAACCAUUGCUAGUAACAAAACUUUGUUUUUUGACAUACCAGAUACGGUUAGCAAAGUAAAAUAAAUGUUAUUAUUCCAUAUUCAAUUUUUAAUAAUUAAUACCAUACUAUGCUGAACUCUGUUUUUUUUUUUCACAUAUAUGUUUUGUUGUAUUUAUUGUUAUGGCUCUGAGGUUUAUUUGAAUAAACACAAUAAUUCACAAAUACCUUUA